AUGUUUGUGCGGCUUAACGGCUGGAGCGAUGACGACGUCUUGCAGCUGCUGAUGCUGUUCCGCAAGCACUUGCACUAUUAUAUUUAUGGAUCUGCCGGCCAGUUUGUUGAAUUUGUGCGAGUGGAGCUAUCAGACAGAUCGGCAGCUAGAAUUCUGGACAUGGUUCGAGCACUGAUGAAGCAGUUUGGGCUUCGACUGAGCACUAAGAAUUUUCGAACGGACGUCAUUACAGCACAUGGACAACAAGUAUACGUGUAUGAACAUCUCUAUGAGUCGAUCUGUCAGCUGCCAGAGAAUCGAGCAGGUGGUGUGUGGCUACCAGGCGAACUUGGCCGCUUCUGUUUGAAAGCGAGGCAGUACCGUGGACACUUUGCUGCUAACCCGGAGACGUUUUUUAAGCAAGUCCAGUUGUGGGGCAAGUCGAUUGAAGAAACAAAAAGUAAAUUCUACGCGCUGCGAGAAGUAUAUUUGAAUGAAAAGCACCACACUUAUCAACCAACACAAAUGGAAGCGAAGCGUUUGGAGCUGCUUAAAGACAUUUUCACCGAUGUGCCACCGAUACUUCCAAACGAGAAAGUAGUGACAGUAUCAAAUAAAUCAUCGAAGUUGUGGUCCUCAGACGAGAUUGAGACUCUUGUUGACUUUAUCGUUCGAAUCACGACACAGAUCCAAAAGACAGGAUAUUCUCACCUCGUGGAUCAUGUCGCCGAGACUUUACACCGAACAGAUAGGUCAUGUGUGAAGAAGCUGGCUGACAUGCGAGAAAAGUUUAUGAAAAAUGCCUCCACGGUUCGCGCAGCAAAUUUGCCGGACUCAAUUUUUGAUCCAGCCUCAGUAGCGCACAAAAUAUUUAUUGCAGAUUGGUCAGAUAACAACGACCCCUACGCUCUCGGAUACCUGGCGCUGAAGUCGCGGAGUCUUCGACUCUGUUCCAGGCGCAAUAAAAAACCUAAAAACAAUAGAGCUUGGUCGCCGCGACCUAGACUUCGGAACACAACGGCAGCUCAUGGUAAGAUGAGAACAAGCUCAAGAGUCCCCUUGUCAAGUUCUGCGAAAGAUGUAGCAGCUACAUCGGCUGGGAAUGAGCCCUGUAGUCCAAUGAGACAAACUCUAUGCUCUGUGAGAAAACCUGCAAAACAAUUUUCAGCAGAAGAGUCCGCUUCAUUUGUUAGAGAUGUUGCAAAUCAGUGUCCUUGGACGGAGACAGUGGUGCUUAGCAUUCUUCAGUGCAUGCAAAACUCGAUCGAGCUAUAUCGAUCGAACAAGAUUGUCGACUUCUACAGCAAGAUCGCAAGCUUGACAUCAGAUAUCGAAUUCUUAGACCUCUUUGCAGAUGUGCAGCACAUUUUAACUCAAUUUGUACAACUCUAUGGCUCUUUGGAUGGCUUCGAGAAACUCGUUCUGAUCGCUCCAGGCAUUGACUCGACCAGAGAAGCUAUUUAUCAAACAGCUCAAAAGCCAGAAUACGGCCUUGAUAGCGAAGGGGUCUCAUUAACGAGUAAUGUCUUUCCGAGCCAACAUAAUAGCAUCAGCUCAAAGUCGACUAGGCGCAGCCAAGAUGAGCGGCAUGGAAUUUUUUUUGACGAAGAUGACGAUGAACAAAUUAACGAAGCAUCUAAAAGCGGCAGCUCAGAUGGAGAAGUUGAAGAGGUCCCACACCCGCUUCAAGGCAUGCUUAACUCAUUAGAGUCGCGUAUGGUGGAACUGCAAGAGAAACAACGUAUUCUUAUCAAAGAAAAGGAAGAUCGAAAGCGGCACCACCAGUAUGUCGACCAUCCGUUUGAGCUUAGAUAA